GCAUCUUUAGGAGGCAUGUUAUGUGUCCUUUCUUCAUAUUUUAGGAAUAUACACUUAGGUAAAAGCUACUUGAUAGCUGCAUUUUCUUGUAACAAGAGAGUUGAACAUUUCACCUCCGUUGCCUCCAAGAAAAGGUAGACAAACAUAAAAAAAGCCACUCAAAGCGCCUUUAAUGAAGAAGAAAGAAGGGGAUUUUGGUACUUAAUGAUGGGAAAAGCAGAGGAGAAUAUUGUAUUCCAACAUUUUAGUCAUGGACAUCAAUUUGUGUACAUCAAUAAGCAAAGUAAUGCAAUUUGUUCUGGAUGUAAACUCAAUAUAUUGCCUGGUAAAUUCUACUACAAGUGCGAAACUACAUGCUCAUUUUUCCUUCAUCAAGAAUGCUUCAAUAUGCCCAAAAUUUUGCAGCAUCUAGUGGAUCCAAUCCACCAUCUCACUCUACUAGCCACAGUACCUUGUUCAUCGAAAUGCAAUGCGUGUGGAAAAGAAAUCGCAGGAUUUUCUUACUCUUGUGACAAAUGUUCUACUUAUUAUCAUACACUAUGCUUAUUAGCAUUACCUCUUUCAAUGGAAUUGCCAUCCCAUUGCCAUAAACUGGACUUAGAAUUCUGUCCUCCCUAUGAUUUCGAAUGUGACUUAUGCAAAAAGCCUAGUUAUAAAGGUUGGCUUUAUCAUUGCAGCUCUUGUGAAUUUGAUGCUCAUAUUUCAUGUGCUAUUGCAAGAAAAACAGAAAAUACUGGUGAUAAAUUGAUGGAAUUACUAUCAAUAUACAUGAAGGUAACGGAGGAAAUCAGCGUUAGUCAAGAUCAGCUUCAGCAACCAACUCAACAAACCCCGAGUUACCAAUUCAGUGAUGGCUGCUUUUCUAUUGAUCUUGCAAAAUCUCAGCUGCUAAACGAUGAAUCACAUAUGAGAAAAGAUGAAGUGGAAACUAAAGAGAAAUCGAAUGUUGCCUACGUUACUCUUGCAAAUGCGAUUGGUUCUGAAGUUUGCAUGGGAUUAGGCAGGGAAAUGGAGAAGGCUUAUAAAACUAACGACUCUAACAAAGAACGUUCGAGGAGUUCAUGUUGUCCAGACAUCCUUGAAACUUUGUUUUGUCUAAAGAAGUGAAAAUGCAGGACGAACAAC